AAACGUCAUUUCCCAUCAUUCAACAGUAAUGAUGGAAGAAGGAGGAGAUUUUGUUCGGACGUUAUAAAAAUAUUGUGUUUAAGGCGAUCGCCGUGUCAUCCUUAUACAUUUUGCUCUAUUUUCUGCUUAGUAAUUCAUUGAUAUAUCCAAUUCGCUUAAGAUAUCUUUCUUGUAACUCUUUCCAACUGCAUUUUCACUGACUAAUUUUCCGUUUAAUUCAGCUCAUGAUAUAUUCAUGAUGAUGUGAUUCACAUACAUUACAUUAUAAACAUUUGAUGUUUACAAAUUAAAUUGGUAUCGUAAACAAUGGCGACACAGCAGUCACCUGCUCCACCAGGGCCUCCUCCUGAUGAAUGCAGCAUCAGAGUUAUUAGCAGGGUCCGACCACUAAAUUCCUCUGAAGAAAAAGUUGGCAGCAAGUUUAUCUUGAAGUUUCCAACCGAUGACUCUAUAAAUAUAAAUGGAAAAUUGUUUAUUUUUGACAAAAUACUGCAACCAAAUGUUUCCCAGGAAGAUGUUUAUAAUACAAGUGCUAAAACGAUUGUCGCCGAUGUAUUGGCAGGCUACAAUGGAACAAUAUUCGCCUAUGGACAGACGUCUAGUGGUAAAACUCACACUAUGGAGGGUGUCCUUGGAGACAGUAAGAUGCAAGGAAUUAUACCCAGAAUUAUUGCUGAUAUUUUUAACUAUAUUUACCAAAUGGACGAAAAUCUGGAAUUUCAUAUUAAGGUGUCCUACUUUGAAAUCUACAUGGAUAAAAUUAAAGAUUUGUUAGACAUUUCCAAGACAAAUUUGUCAGUGCAUGAAGACAAGAAUAAAGUGACAUAUGUAAAGGGAGCAACAGAAAGAUUUGUAUCCAGUCCAGAAGAAGUAAUGGAAGCUAUAGAAGAAGGAAAAUCCAAUCGACAUGUAGCUGUUACUAAUAUGAAUGAACAUAGUUCCAGAAGUCACAGUGUCUUUCUCAUCAAUGUAAAACAGGAACAUUUAGAAACAGAGAAAAAAUUAAAUGGCAAACUUUAUCUAGUCGAUUUAGCGGGUAGUGAAAAGGUCAGCAAAACAGGAGCAGAAGGCGCUGUUUUAGAUGAAGCCAAGAACAUCAACAAGUCAUUGUCAGCUUUAGGAAAUGUAAUUUCUGCUCUAGCUGAUGGAAAUAAAAGUCAUGUUCCUUAUAGAGAUAGUAAAUUGACCAGAAUUCUCCAGGAAAGUUUAGGAGGUAAUGCCAGGACUACCAUUGUUAUAUGUUGUUCUCCAGCUUCUUAUAAUGAAUCAGAAACCAAGUCUACACUUAUGUUUGGUCAAAGAGCAAAGACCAUUAAGAAUAGUGUUAAGGUUAAUGAGGAACUCACUGCUGAUGAAUGGAAAAGAAGAUAUGAAAAAGAAAAAGAAAAGAAUGGCAAAUUGAAAACAUGGGUUCAAAAAUUAGAGGCAGAGCUUAAAGCUUGGAGAAGUGGUCAGUCUGUAGCAUCAGAAGAACAAAUAGAUAUGAAGGCUAGUAUAACAUCUAUAGAAUCUGAAGGAUUAGAAGUUGCUCCAACUAUUAUGGAAUCUAGUAUAGGAAAUCUCAGUACCAUAACAGAGGCUGAGAAGACACAAUGGGAUGGUGAAAGAAUUAAAUUAUAUGCACAGUUAGAUGAAAAGGAUGAUGAAAUCAACAACACGUCUCAAAUGAUAGAGAGAUUGAAGGAACAAAUGAUGGAACAGGAAGAACUUAUUAGCUCAGGAAAGAAAGACUAUGAUGUACUACAACAGGAGAUGGCCCGUAUACAGACUGAUAAUGAGUCUGCUAAGGAUGAGGUCAAAGAGGUGCUCCAAGCUUUGGAGGAACUUGCUAUGAAUUAUGAUCAGAAAUCCCAAGAAGUUGAUGCUAAAAACAUAGAAAAUGAAGCAUUAGCUGAAGAACUGAGCAAGAAAACAAAUUCCUUGAAUGCCCUACAGUCAGACUAUGAUUCCACCAAAGAUUCUGUAAGUCAUCAGAAGAAACGUGUGGCUGACAUGAUGUCUGGUUUGUUGAAAGAUCUUGGAGAUAUUGGCGAGAUUGUAGGAGGUGGUGAUUCUAAGUCCUUAUUAGGAACAUCUGAGAAGUUAGAAGAAGAGUUCACUGUAGCCAGGUUAUACAUCAGUAGGAUGAAGUCUGAAGUUAAAUCAUUAGUCACUAGAUCACAGAACUUUGAGAUAAGCAGUACUGAGGUCAACAAGAAGUUAGAGACAGCUGUUAAAGAAUUGUCUGAUUGUCAACUAACUAUACAACAGCAUGAAGCUAAGAUGUCAUCUCUAAAUGAAACCAUCAAAGAUAUUGACCAUAAGAAAAGACUACUGCAGGAGAAUGUAGAUUCUUUAAAUGAAGAAAUAGCCAAACUUAGAGCACAAGAACAAAUCCAUAUAACUGAGAAAGAAAAGGUAAAAUCUGAUGCUGACAUGUCAUCAGCUUUGGAACAACAAAUGGAAGUGCAUAGAGAAAGUCAUCAGAAACAAUUGUCAGGACUUAGGGAUGAGAUUGACAACAAACAAUCUCUCAUUGAUCAAUUGAAGGAACAAAACCAAAAAUUGUCUCUUGCUUUGGAUAAACUACAAAUAGACUAUGACAAGUUGAAGGCUGAUGAAUCUGAGAAGACAGCUAAACUGAAUGAACUAACUCUACAGAUAGAUCGUAAAGAACAAGCUAGACAGGAUCUCAAAGGACUGGAGGAAACAGUGGCUAAAGAAUUGCAGACACUGCAUAACCUUAGAAAAUUGUUUGUACAAGAUCUCCAGAAUAGAGUAAGAAAGUCCCAGAUGAAAAAGGAUGAUGAUGAAGAUGAUGAUAUUGGAGGCAAUGCUGCCCAGAAACAGAAGAUCUCAUUCCUAGAAAAUAACCUGGAACAACUGACCAAGGUUCAUAAACAAUUAGUCAGGGACAAUGCUGAUCUCCGAUGUGAACUACCUAAGUUAGAGAAGAGACUCAGAGCUACCAUGGAAAGGGUCAAGGCCCUAGAAGGAGCUUUGAAAGAGGCUAAAGAAGGAGCUAUGAGGGACAGAAAGAGAUAUCAGCAUGAAGUGGAUAGGAUAAAAGAAGCAGUGAGACAGAAGAACUUGGCAAGGAGAGGACAUGCUGCACAGAUUGCCAAGCCAAUAAGACCAGGACAACACCCUGGAGGUUCUCCAGCCACAGGCACUGGUAUCAGAGGAGGUGGUGGAAUGGCUGUAAAUGGUCCACAGUAAUUGAGAUGUGUUCAGUGCAUACAGUGGAAGAAGCAUUCCAAAGCUUUUCUGUGUACAGAGCUUUAUAAUGUCAUCAUGCUGUUUUAAGACUUAUUUAUUAACAUUUGAUGUUUGACAAAUAUGCACAUAAUGUUUUCAUAGACAUAAAUUGGACACUUUUCCAGUAUUUAUCAACCAAAUCAAAUUUGGGGAUAUUUAUUGGCAUUACUUCAUAAAAAAAUUGUGAAACUCAUAUCUUAAUGUUAAGGUCACCAAUGAUUUUAAAACAUUGGAAUUUGCUAAAUAUUUACAAUUGUAGAUGGGUUUUUUCCUGGACUUGCUUUCUAUAAAUGGAAGGGUUGGGUUGAUUGGUUUCACACUUGUAAAAUUAUUAGUAAAGCGAAAUAAAUAUGUGUGGUUAAUUUGAAGUUGAAUUGUAUAGGGAUGGUAUUUUUUAUAUUUCAUUGCAUUAAAAUUACAUAUUUUUUGUCUAAAAAAAAUGGACUAGAAAUAUUAAGUUAAUAAAUACUGGUUAAUUAAGCAGAUUUUUUUUUAAACAUAUGAAGUUUUUAAAAAAACACAUGCAAGGCAAUAUAUGUAUCUAUAAAGAUGAUAACACUCUAAUUGAAUUUAACUUUUUACUGUUAUUUAAUGUUGAAUAUUUCUACCUAUAGCCUCAUAUACUGCCACAUGUAUAAGUUAAACAAUAUUGUGUUAAAAUGGUUGUAUUAUAGUAUUUAUGAUAAUUGAACAGUUAUAAAUUAACAUUGAUAUGAAAUUACUAAUCUUACUUUAGAAACAGACAAUAGGAUCACUAGAUCUAGUUAUGUUUCUCUGGUCUUAAUCUAAAAAUAGAACAGUAGGUCAAUAGGAUUGGUCAGUAGGAUAAAGAAAAUAAAUUCUCAGUCACACAUUCUUAAGAAUGUAGGUCGACAAGAGACAUUUUCUUUAUAAUAGAUGUAGAAAUAACAAAAGAAAACAAUGUGCUCUUUGUUUCACUUUCAGAAAUGAAAGUAGGUUAACAUAGAGAUGUUUUCUAUUCAUACCUUUUCAUAAGAAUUCCAUUAAUGUAUGUGCUUUGAUCAGAGGUUGUUGAAGAGUAAUUGUAUUCUUCUUUUUCGUAACAAAAGAUUUCACCCUUUAGAUUUUCUUUCAGUGGGAGUGUUUCUAAUGCAUAACUAUUGCAAGUUGCUUGCAUUGUUGUAGAGGGAAGCAUUCCAGUUAGAAGCACUUUGUUAGGAUUUGGAAAGGAUAUCAAUAUAAGGGGUUGAUGUUUGAUCUGGAGAAAAGCUUAUUUUAGGAAGUUAUUUAAAGGAAUGAUUGUGAAACUGAAAUGUUUAAUAUUCAGGAAGACAUUUAAAGUGAACAUAUUUGUGGCAAAAACUACAUAGGCCAAAACACAAACAUGUAACAUUAGUAAAUAAAUGUGCAAUAUGAACCAGUUUUAACAUUAAUAAAUUAUUAGUUAAUCAAAUUGUAUGUUGUACUAAUUAUAGUGUUUUAAAUAGUGUCAGUACAUAAUAGACUUUGUACAGGUACCAUCAUAUCUAUAUAUAUUGAGUGUAUUUAGUGUACAUAUUUAAUAUAUUUAUUAUUCUCUCUCAUGUAUUUCAAGUGAUAAGUUUUUUUCCAGCAUUGUGGGUCAUUUUUAUAUUGAUGUUGAAGACUAGAAAUUAAAAAUAAAAGGUUUGGUUGAUUAAAUAUAUCAUAAGAAUUAUUAAAAAAAUGUUGGUGUUUGCCAAAUGAGUAAAGAAUAAACCAGUUUUAAAAAACAAAUUAUGAAAAGAAUUUUUAGUGAUCAAACAUUUCUAAUGUUGAAGAUUUUUUAACAAUUUAGACGAUUUAGCAGGUGAAGUAGUAAAAACUCUUUUAAAUUGACUUCUCAUUUUGUUGAUAGAAUCAGUAUGAUAUCUGAGUCUAUUUCUGAAAAGUUGUUAUGAAAUAACACUGCUAUAAAGCAUACAACAAUAUCUGAUUAUUUAUUGGCUUCAUUAUACACAUGUAUAUAUAUUCUCAGUACCUCACAUGAAGAUAAAAUCCAGAACAAAGCCUGUCUCAACAUUGUAUCGGGCAUACACUUGGUGUAUUGAAAUAACUUUCAUCAUUGAAUAUGGGCAUUCUAUAUGCAACAAAGGUCAAUUAUGAAAGUAUACCUUAUUCAUUUAAAUAUCUCAAUCAUUUUCUCCAUAUGUUUGGUGCAAGUGUUACUUUUAUGGUUUUUAUUUAUUGUAACUUUUUCUUUAUAUUGAUAUUGACAUAAAUGUAAUAAGUAUUUAUACUGUGUGUACUAUAUAUAUGUAGACUUUGUCAAUAGAUAGUUGUGAGGAUAAUUUGUGUGACAUAAGCAGAUUUUGACAUGGCUGCAGAAUCAUAACUCCUAGGUCCUUCUGAUAUUUUUUUUGACAAUUUGCAGACCAUAGAUCAUUAUGGUAUGUAGUAGUCAAAAUAUAUGAUAAGGAACUAAGAGCUACGAUUCCACAGAAAAUAUUGACAGAACAUACAUAAUCUGUGAUACAAGAACAAAUCUUUCAUAUGCUUAUUGUGUUCAGUUUUUGAAGUAGUUAGUUGGUGAAAGGCUUUUGAAUGAACUUGUGUAUAUGAUAGUUUUUAAUUGAUCUGUUUAAAAUUUGCUUUUUUUAAUAUUAAAGGGCUUUCAUGGGGUAACAAGAAAGCAGAUAAAAAGACUGGAUAGUCAGUUUUAAGCGGGCAGAAUUCUCAUUUUUCAAUGUUCAAAAUAUCAAAUUUUGUCUUAUAUAAUAUACAUGUUUACACUUUGUGAAGGUUAAAGGCCAUAAAUAGUAAAUAUUCAACAAAAACCAGCUUACUGCUUUAGAUGUAACAGGGUGUUUGUGACAUUUGCUCUGUGACAAUAAAAGUAGAAAAAUUCA